AUGUCACAAGAAGAUUUGCUAACUAGGGUAACACCGGUCCCAUUAGAUGAAAUUGAAGAUACUAAUCCUAUUAUACCGAAGAGAAAACAUUGGUUAGUCCCCACAUUAUAUCGAAUUCAAAAAUAUAGUGCAUAUUCUUUUAUUUCAUUUCUAGGGAUCCAUGCCACUUCAGUCAUACUUGUCCCCAUUUUACCUAUUGACCAACUGAUUAAAGAUGAAGUCUUUGCCAUGGCUAAAGAAGUCUAUCAAUCAGUGCCACUUUAUGAACCAAUAUGUAUUAUAGGAUCAGUUGCAGCUCAUGUCAUGGCUGGUAUCAGUAUAAGAAUUUACAAGAAAUGUUUUCAAAAGAAACCACUGCAUCAUAUAAAUAAUGGCAGACAUAGUCCAAUAACAAAUAAACUUGAGGAUCAUGAUGAUGAAAUUGGAUUUGGUGGUAUUUCUAAUUUGUUUGGUUUAGGAUAUCGUAAAUCAUUUACAGUUCAAUUUGGGUUGACUCCAUUGCAAUUUUCUGGUUAUGUAUUGAUUCCAUUUUUCAUUUAUCACAUGUAUAAAUUCAGAUAUAUACCAUGGAUUAAUGAUGGUGAUAGUUCUUUAAUCAAUCUUGAAUAUAUUUCCUAUGUGCUCAAUUUGAAACAUCCAAUGUGGAAUGUUUUUGCCUUGGGGACAUUGAUUUAUUCAAUGAGUUAUCAUGGAACUAAUGGCUUAAUGAAAUUGAAAGGUAAAUAUUCUAAAACAUGGAAAAAAAUUGGUUUAGCAGUUGUUAAUGGGGUGUCCUUACUUGGAUGGAUUAGUGUAUAUUUGUUUAAAUGUAAUGUUGAGGUGAUUGACGUUAAUGGAUUUUUGGGUAAAUCUUUUACAAAAUACUUAAGGUCGUUCUGGUUGUAA